AUGGACUGGGGCAUGUACGCAACCUGGACACGGCACGGCACGGCAGGAGACGAGACGAUACGGUACGAUAAGAUACGAUUCGAUACGAUUCACACACCGCAGCCCGGACAUGCUGCCGGCAUUCCGAACACCCGCGUCGACAUCCUCGCGUUAAGGGCCAGCUUGCCAAUGUCUUCAUCUCUCGACGUGCAACCCCCAAACGUCAUCCUCGAGCAACCUGCAGCGGUCGAACCAACGAGCGAGACCGGCGUGCGGACCCCGAGAUAUGAUGACGAAGCAGAAAAGCCAAGCGUCGAGACGGAGCAAAACCUCCCGCCUGUAGAGGCGAACGCUCGAGCUCAGGAUCUUGCCACGGCAGCCCUUCGUUUCCUCUCAACGGCGACGCCAACGACCCUUGCAGGGAUUGCAGGCGCAUUCUCCGCCAUCACCUAUGCGCUCCUUGGCAAGUUUGGUCUCCUGGUCAUAGGUGCCGUUGGAGGAGUCGUUGCCUUUGCCUCUCUCGAGGUCAGCCGGCCAGCGAUUGGCAGAGCGGUACGAGGCGAAAAGGCACCCGAGGUGCUGGAGAGAUUGUGGCUCGAACUGCAGAAUACCAAGCCUCAGGAUGUCGAGUGCAAUGGGGAGCAAGGCGAUGAGCCUGCGUUCAAGGCCUUUGACGACUUUCGCCCGGAAACGCGCGAGUCUUUGACCGGCCUGGUCGACGCCAUCAUCCGAGACUACAUCAACUCGUGGUACGGCCCUAUGAUACCGUCCGACCACUCAUUCCCCCUGGCGUGCCGAAAAACGGUCAACUCGUGCAUCUUGGCCAUUUCGAACCGCAUUUCACGGAAACGACCUGCCGAUUCGUUCCUCGACCUCCUGACCAACUGCUCCUCCAUCAUCAUUGCCCUCCUGUCGGAGCUGUCGGCCGCUUUUGCAGACCUGUCACCCGACUCGAACAUGACGGCCGCGGACGCCGUCUACAAUUACCUGGCCACCAACCCCGAAUCCCGAUUGGCAAAUCUUCUCAACCAGAGACAGCAGGCGGCCAAGUUCAAGAUGGUUGCCGAGGACCUCUUGGGGUUUCUCGAUCGAAACACGCAGAAUUGCGACCCGGCUCGCAUCUUUCUGCGGGAAUCACUCGCCAACUCGGUCUUGGAAACGGCGUUGCAGACAUGCAGCAAGGCUGAGUGGAUCAACAGCUGGAUCGUCUACCUCCUCGAGGCUGGCGAGCCGGACAUCAACCACGCCAUCGACGUUGGCAUGCAGACGGGCCGCGACACCGGCAACGACGUGUUUAUAGACUUGGACGGAAACCUGGGCAACAUCGGAAUCGCCAAGCCGAAGCGGCCGAGCGCGGACCUCGUGCGACGCAAGGAGUCGAUGGCGCGCCGGAAGAAGCUCGGCAAGGCGGACGAGAAGUUGGAGGAGGUUGCGGAUGAUGAGGUGAACAGGGUGGGCAACGCGAGCUCACGAGCGGAACCGCCAAGCCGAGAUUCCACUCGCAUGGAGACGCCGGAGCAGACGAAUCAAAGCACCGGCCUUGGGCUUGCCGUACCAAAGUUUUCUAAAAAGGAGGAGGCUGUCAUGGAGACGCUGACGGCCCCUGGCUCCGACGACUCUCUGAAACAGUCCCCAUCCCGCGACACGUCGUCGAGCGACUAUUCCUCCAGAGAGGAAGACGGAAACACGCCCGGCACGCCAAGGUCGGCCGAGGGCACCUACAGUCCCAACGUGUCGCCUCGAGGAACGACCGUGCAGCAGUUUACAAGUUUCGAUCAGAUCGUGCCUCCCGCCCAGGGCGAUGGCUCGGAGGAAGAUGCGCCCGCCAAGGUGCCGCUCACUCUGUACAAUGCUGCCUUUACCUUGUCGGACGAUAGCACGAACGACAGCAGCAGGAUCCGAACGAAACCGACCUGGGACUACUUGAUUCAAGUGGAGCCCUCGUCAGCGUCCUAUCCCGGGUGGAUGAUCGUGAGGAGGUACUCCGACUUUGAGACCCUGCACGAGAUCGUCAGGCGAAUCGCGACCAUCUCGGGCGCGACGGCGUUCACGGAGCUCCACAGGGCGCUGCCGAACUGGAAGAUACACACGAGGGAGUCUCUGCGCGGCGAGCUCGAGAGAUACCUGCGUGAUGCAUGUUGGUACCGGUCGCUGGCGGAGAGCGAGGGCAUGAAGAGGUUCUUGGAAAAGUCCCAAGGACACACCCACACCCACUCCAAGUCUUUUGGCUGGGAGACAGUCGGCAAGAACAUGCUCGACGUUCUCGCCACCGCACCCAAGGGGGCCAUGGAGGGCGGCAAGUCGAUCGUCGGGAACGUCAGCGGCGUCUUCGGAAGCUUCCCCAGCCUCGGCAGGAAGUCUACGGCGCAGUCUGUGGAGCUUUCACCGAGCUCCAGCCGUUUCCCCGUAGCCGGCCACUCGCCAUCGGUCAGCGGAAAAUCUUCAGCCAGGUCGGAGCGCGCCAGCAGCGACAGCCAGCGAUCGUCGGUCGUCUCCAUCCAGCCGGCCAAGAUGCCGCCGAUGGACAGGCGGCCGAGCUGUCAGUCGACCUGCCAGUUUCCGGGCGACAGUUUGGGCGACGGCGACGGCGACGCCGCCAGAGUGGGCCGUUCCGAGGGACUCGAGAUUGCGUCGGGUCCGACCAGUGCUCGUCCUAGCAGGGAUCACAGUCGGGCGUCGAGUCUGGCUCUCCGGUCGCCCGAGUCCUCCGGCAUCGAGUACUCGAGGCUGCCGCCGCCGCCGGACGAGAUGGCUUCCGACUACGAGGCCUCGGUGAACGGCGAGGAGGCCGGGCCGAAGCCGAGCGAGGGCGCGACGACGCAGCCAACGCCCCGUAACAGCUCGCAGACGGAGACGACGGCGUCGACGAACGGGGCAAAGAAGGUGGCGACGAAGGCGGCGAAGCAGUACGCGCAGAUGUCGGAGCAGGAGACGCGCGUCGCCGUCGAGCUGCUGUUCGCCGUCAUCAACGAGAUGUACACGCUGUCCUCUGCCUGGAACAUCCGCCGGACCCUCCUCGCGGCGGCCAAGUCGUUUCUGCUGCGGCCGGGCAACCCCUCCCUGCUGACGGUGCAGUCGCUCAUCCAGUCGUCGGUGCUCGACGCCAACACGUCGGAUGCCGGCGUCGCGGCGUCGCUGCGCAAGCUCCGGGAGAACACGAUGCCGACGGAGCAGGAGCUCGCGGGCUGGCCGGCCGAGCUGACGGCGGAGGAGAAGGAGAAGCUCGCAGUCAAAGCUCGGCGGCUGUUGAUUCAGAGCGGCGUGCCGACGGCCCUGAUGGGCGUCAUGGGCCAAGCCGCCACGGGCGAGGCCCUCGGUCGUGUCUUUGACUGCCUCCAGAUCGAGGAGGUGGCGCGGGGCAUGAUAUUUGGGCUCAUACUGCAGGCCGUGAGGGUUUUGACGCAUUGA